UGGGGGGGCUGGCGCUUGGCGGCCGUAAAUGGGGCCCGGCGAGGCUCCUGCGGCUUGUAAUGCCGGAGCGACAUCCUGGGCUGGGGUUCCUCGGUGGCGUGUGUUGGACUGGUGGCCAUGGGCGGGUGCUGCCUCCCUCUGCGAGCGGCCGUGGGCUUGGGCGUGGCCGGCCUGGCCUGCCUGGCCUGCGGGAUCGCCAUGAUCGUGCUCGUGCCCCGCAUCGUCAAGGAGCAAGUGGUCAAGAACGUGAGGCUGGAGCCAAAUGGCAUGGCAUUUGAAUUAUGGAAAGAUAUCCCAGUGCCAUUCUACAUGUCCAUCUAUUUAUUUGAAGUACUGAAUCCCGAUAACAUUCUCCGUGGGGAAAAGCCGGUAGUGAACCAACGUGGCCCUUAUGUAUACAGGGAAUAUAGAGUGAAAGAGAACAUAACUUUUCAUGACAACGAUACACUGUCAUUCUUGGAGUAUCGCCAAUUCCACUUCCAGGCAGACAUGUCCAGUGGAUCAGAAUCGGAUUACAUUGUGGUACCAAAUAUGUUGGUGUUGGGAGCAGCUGUCAUGUUGGAGGAUUUGUCAUUUCCUAUGAAGCUGACUGUCAGCAGCACUUUUGCCCUCUUUGGGCAGAAAGCUUUCAUGAACUUGACAGUGGGAGAAGUCUUGUGGGGCUAUGACAACCCCCUCGUCGACUUCCUGAACUCCAUCAAGCCGGGCAUGAUUCCAUUCAAAGGGAAAUUUGGUUUGUUUGCUGAUUUCAACAACUCAAAUACUGGCCUGUUCACUGUGUACACUGGCAUGGAUGACAUCUCCAGAGCCCAUAUGGUGGAAACAUGGAAUGGAUUAAAAGAGGUGUCGUACUGGAACUCGGAUCAGUGCAACAUGAUCAACGGAACGGCUGGAGAGCUGUGGCCACCUUUUAGAACCCCUUCCACACCUCUGCAAUUUUACAGCCCAGAUGCCUGCAGAUCGUUGACUUUAAUCUUCAAUCAAACUAGAGAAUUCAAAGGCAUACCUACAUACCGGUAUUUAGCACCAAAGACCUUGUUUGCCAAUGGGACAGAUUACCCACCCAAUGAAGGCUUCUGUCCAUGCAUGCAGUCUGGAAUUCAGAAUGUCAGCUCCUGCCGCUUAAAUGCACCUGUAUUUAUUUCCCACCCUCAUUUCCUCAAUGCGGAUCCAUCCCUCCAGGAGGCAGUGGGUGGUCUGCAUCCCAAUGAAGAAGAACAUGAACUUUUCCUGGAUCUGCACCCGAUGACUGGCAUUCCUAUGAAAUGUUCCAUAAAACUGCAGCUGAAUAUUUUUAUGAAGCAAGUCUCUGGGAUACUGCAAACAGGAAGGGUCAAGCCAGUUGUAUUACCUUUAAUUUGGUUUGCAGAGAGUGGAGAGAUUGAAGGCGGUGUCUUACAUGAUUUCUACAUCAGUUUGGUGCUUCUCCCUACUGUGCUGGGUUAUGCACAGUAUUGCCUGGUCGCUCUUGGAGGUGUUCUGCUUAUAGUGGCUGCCUUCUUGGGUCUCAAGAGCAAGACCAUGACUGUUUUACGGCAGAAGGAGGGGUCCAUUGUGAUUGGGACCCUGUCUGCCCCAAAGUUUUAUAAACCUGGAUCCCGCACUGGCUACAGUUAUCAGGGCCCACAGAGAGAUGCUCAAAAGACGACUCCUCAAAUGCCAAACUCAUGGAAUGACCCAUUUCAGCCUUCAGACACAGCCCCUCUUCUGCAAGAGACCUCUAGCACGAUACACCACGCUGCCCUUUCUGCCACCUGAGCAGCCUUUCUUCCUCUUCGCAGGAGAUCACAGAGAGUUUAAACCCAUGUAUAUGCCACAGGGUGGGUGGAAGAGAAUACACCCAAGCACCUGAAUGCUGCAGUGGUUGCACUGAAGUGGAUCCUCUUCUAAGAAACCGAAUUCAGAGGUGAACUACAGGAUAUCUACCUGUGCAAACAGGAGGAUGAGGUUCACUUCCACGAUCUCUGUUAAUGAAUAAAUGGAAGGAGUACAUGGAGGGCAGGAUGUCUCCACUGCUGCAAUUCUACCUGUAGAGGGGAGCAAUUGUUGAACAUUAUUCCUUUCUUAUAUUUGCAAUGGUUUUCUUAUCUGCCUUGAAAGCUGAUCAUUUUAAUGACCCAUAUUGAUAUAACCUGGAUCCCCAAUGCAGUUUAUGAGGUGCUAACUGUUGGCAUUGGCCUAACUGGCCUAAUUAGUAGGUUACAAAAGUGUGUUAGAUCUAAAGUGGCCAAAGUGCUUGACAUUUGUGCCCCCUGCAAAUUAUUCUCCUCCUUCUCCCCCCCCCCCCCCAAUGCUUUUUCCCCCAGAAAUGUUUUCCUAUAUGUGCUAGACCUCUAUUGCCUUUCCCUAUCCCAACAUCAUUGGAAACACUCCUGGGGAAAUUAAACUGAUGUGGACGAAGUGAGAAAUAAAACGGCAUCCAUCAAACUUAUUUUGGUAGCUGCAAGAAUCCUAGAAUUUUUGAUCUGGUCCCUGGCAUUACCCUUUGAUCAUGCAUUCCACUCCAAAAGCCAUUGUUCUUUUUAUUUCUACGUGCCAGUGAAGUACUGCCAUUUGGCGUGUUUUUAAAAACCAGACUGGAACCGUGGUGCUUAUGUGCAUGCACACUUUUUUGUAGGGUUACCUGGAAGAGACGAGGUACUUGGUGCUUCUCCAAAUCGGAAGAUUCUUUUGGUACUUGGUGCUACAAUUUGGAUGAUGAGGUAGACAAAACAGGUAGAAGGAAAAUCCCACCUUGCUGGGGGGGGGGAGGGGCACAAUAUGCUUGGCUGUGUUUUUCUUGUUUAGCUGAAGGCACCUCCUUCAAACUUGUAAGAAACCUUCUGUUCCUAGUUCUCUCUGGUGUCUCCACUUUCCACUUGAUAACAGUGCUGGUACCAGAAAGGGGCCAUCGUUUGAACUGGCUGUCAGAAUUCCACACCAUUCCUUCUUCUACUCUGAAUUGUCUGAUGAAAGUUCUAAUCGUGUUUUGCACAAAAAACAACACCCAUAAUUAAAAUAUUUGAAAUCUUUUGAAGAA